CUUCGUUUCUAAGAACUCGUGUGUUGCCGCAGCUGUCGUUAAAAAUUACAGUUGGAUUGAGAUGAUAAGUGAAUAUCACUUUAUUUAAUAGAAUAAAGAUUUCCGUUGAUGUUGAUACUUCAAAUGUAGGAAAUAUUAACACAUUCAAAAUGGCGCUCGAAUCGUUAGUGAGGAGUUAUGUUGAAUGCACAAUUCGUCGUUCGCGAGGGGAAGUUAUGAAUCCUUUCGAGAGGUAUACCUUCUUCCAACUGCGUGAAGACAUUGAGGCAUUCCAGUUCAUAUUCCCUGACUUCAACAAUUUCUUGAUUAACGUUUUGUUGGGGACUGGCGACCAUUAUUUUGCUUUUAAUGAGCCGAAAAUUGCUCUGGAUUUAUUUCAAGAAGCCAAACGUUUUUUCCCUCAAAUAGCUAUUUGCUACGUAAAAGAAGCAGAAUGUCACAUUGCAUUGGGCUUAAUAGAGCAAGCCAAUAACACCUGUAAAAGAGCAAUUAAAUACUCUCGUGAAAGUGAUAUUAACGAUGUUAUGUCCGUGAUUGGUUCACUCAUGGCUUAUGAAAGAAUCAGUGAUGCUCGUAAUUUGCUUUUGUCCCUUUCUCAGCGCUUUCCUAACCGUGAUGAUGUUACGAGAAUUUUGAACAGUCUUGACCCACCAGUACCAAUCUAUGUAGUGGCAAAAGAAAUAAAUUCCAGUGCCAGCGCUGUUAAAGUUAAAUCCAAGAAAAAAAUAUCGAAAAAGACCACCCCAGAAACUGUAUUGAUUCCAAAGGUGACUAAAACCUCAAAACAACUCAAGAGAGAAUUGUAUCUUAAGCAGAAGGAGUUAGACUUGGCAGUCGAGAAAGCUUCUAAAGAGCAAGAAGAAAAAAAGAGGGAGCAGCAGCAGAUCGAGGAGCAAAAAAAGAAAGAGCGGGAAGAACAAAAAGAAAGGUUAAGAAAAGAAAAAGAAAGGAAAUCACGUGAACGAAAACUUGAAGAAGAAAAUAAAGAAUUGGUAAAAAGAAAAAAAAGAAGAAGAAGACGUAGGGGACGUUCUGUUGGUGAUUUGCCAAGAAAAAAAACAGAGUCUGAAGUUGUUAUGGCAAAACAGGAUUCUCAGCAAAAAAAUGGAAAACAGAAAGCGAAUCUUUUUAAUGAGAAACCAAUCGCUACAAGGGCUCCUGUAAAUGCUCAAGGUAACCAAGAAAGUAAAAGACAGAAAAAAAUUGCAAGCAGAUCAAAAUCCUUGAGCAGGGUGGAUUCCAAGCAUGGAUUGCGCGGCCGUAGUGAAUCGAAUUCUUCAAAUUGUUCGCAAGCUUUGUCAACGACUGACCGUUUUAGUGUACUUGCCCCCGAUGAAAGUCUUUCCGUCGUCUCGUGUGAUUAUGAAGUAUCGAAAGGUUCUGCUUUUUCUAAGGGUAAUGUUUUCGCCUCCUCUUCAAGGACUUCGUCUUCAAUGAACAUAGCGAAGUAUGACAAAGUUUUAGAAGCGUCUAAAGAUGAGUGGACUGAAGUAAUUGGUGGGUGUUCACAGAAAUCUUCAAUAUCCUUUCCUGAGAGACGAAACAGCCAUUGUGAAAGUGAAGAGCGCAGAAACACCACAAAGACAUACUCCUCGUCCCGUGUAAGCAUGUCAAGUCUAAAAAACUUGGAUAAUUUAUUCUGUGGUUUUUGUGAUGAAAAGUUCACGUCUAUGGAUCAGUUAAAGCAUCAUUACUCUGUGAGAAGUCACAAAAAGAAUGUGUUGAAGAAAACACGGCAGAAAAAUGCGAUUUCAGUUACAAAAUUUCGCCCACCUCCUUAUGACGUUGUCAUGGGUCGAUAUAAGCUCUGCAAAAGGUUUCAGCAAGGGUAUUGUUUUUAUGGAAAUAAAUGUACCUUUGCUCAUGGUGAAGGUGAGAGGACAUUUUGGACCGAAUUACAUAAUCGUCAGACAAAACGCUUGACAAAGCUGAGAGAAGAACGUGUGCUUACUGAAGGCUUAAGCGAGAGAGUUUGGAGGAUGAUUGGGAGAAAAGGGGAACAACACGUGCUAAAAGACAAUCUUCCUGGUAUAACAGUCACGUGUAAGUCGCCAUGGCAACUGCAGCUUAGCAGAGCUGAUAAGUCUGCGCCAAAUGAUUACAUCUGGGUUAUCGAUGUCGAAAUUCAGAAAGAGUCUGGGUUUUUACUGAAGGAGGUUUCGUUUUUGCAUGAAUUUCAUCUCAAUCGAUUUAAAUUCCUUGACAACCCCGGUGCUGUUUCUAACCCCUCUUCAACUCCCCACAGUUUGAGUUUUUCUGUCGACAACAACCUAAUUGAAAGUUCAUCGAAGGAAACAUUCGCCACUCGUUUCAGUGUUUAUUUCUUAUCGGACGUCUUUGGUGUUUUUAAACAAAAGCUAAUCUUUGAUUUUGGCAAAGAGUGUUUAUUAUGUCGUCAGCUCUCUGUAUCUGUUGUCAGCAAGGAAAUUUCUCCGAGUGAAGAAAUGCUAGUGAAGCGAUGUCGUAUUGUGGACUGGUCUCUUCACAACGUUGAAGUGGUGAAGUGUGAUGAUCUGCUUCACCUGGAUGAAGAGGGUUUGUGUGACUUGUAUCCAAUUCCUGAUGUUCAUCCAGCUCCAUCAGAAAUACCUGAGUUCACAUCAAAAACAUACUGUGAAAAUUGGCAUAACAUUCUUUAUACUGAGGAGAAGUAUAUCAAUGCAGAAAUUGCAAGGCAUGAUGUUUUAAACGGAGAGCUCAAGAUUGUUAAUUGUUUUACAACAUUCGAGGAAACGAUAUUUGCUGUGAAAGGCGAGUUUUUUGGAGAGAUUAUGUUGUCACAAUUUUUAGUAAUGGACGAAAUUUCUGGGCAUCUGAUCAGCCGUUCAGUUGAGUCGCUAAUUGUCCGACCCGCACACAAAACCUCGCGUGUUUACGAGUGUUGCAUCAAAACUAAAAACCCGCAAUCUGUUAUCAUUAAAUUGAACAAGGUGUUUUGUGAAGAUUAUAGUGUGGAGUAUGACCAGGUCAUGAAUGUUGAUAUCAAGUUUAUUUUUAAUCGUCGUGGUAUGUGUGAAAUGCAUCAAGCCAUUGAUUUUUGUAAAGAAAAAAUGAAUUUCCUAAUACCAGAUUUCUCCUAUGAUUCACGAGAAUACAAGGGAUUUAUUCCUGAUUGGUUUAUGGUGAAAAAGCCAAACCUCAAUCAACGCGAAGCAAUUUCCAUGAUCCUUGAUCCAAGCCCUACUCCACCAAUAAUCAUAUGCGGCCCAUUUGGCACUGGAAAGACAUUCACUUUAAGCUUAGCCUGCAUGUCCAUUCUCAGUCAAGCGAGUUACAAAAAAGUUUUAAUUUGCACUCAUACUAACAGUGCCGCUGACAUUCAUCUGGACUAUUUGGACGAGAAGAUAAAAAGCAAUUCGUCUUUAAAGAUAUAUCCUUUGCGAGUUCUUACGAUCUUUUUGACGAAUCUUGCAAGAGUUCCUGCACGUUUUCACAAAUAUUGCAAUAUAAAUGUGAAAACUAAAGAAGUCAGACUCCCAACUUUAAAAGAUCUACAUUCAAAAAAUGUUAUCAUUACGACAAUGGUCAAUGCUCACACAUUAUGGAAAUAUUAUCAAGAUAAACAAGUUGCUUUUACUCACAUACUGAUUGACGAGGCUGCGCAGGUUCUGGAGCCUGAAUGCUUGAUGCCCAUUGUUAUGGCAGAUCGAAAUACAAAAGUCAUUCUUGCGGGAGAUCACUUUCAGAUGGGUCCACAAGCCUAUUCAAAGCUUCAGUGGCCAACGGCGUUUGGUCCUCAUAUAUCGCUUCUGGAUAGAUUAUUUUUUCACUACAAAAAAGGUUCUUUGCAUCUGACACAGAAAAUUAGCAAAAAGACACCAAAAGACGACGAAUGUGACAGCAUUGAAUCUGGUUACAUUAAUAUUAGUUAUAACAGUAACAAUGAUGACGAUGCAGUGCCGUUCUCAACAUUUCUUACUGAAAACUAUCGUUGCCACGCCAAUAUCCUUCGAUUUCCAUCAGAAAAUUUUUAUGGAGGGAAACUAAUUCCUAGAGGUGAUCAGUCUCAACAUGACACUUUCCCUGCUCUUACGUUCUAUGCCGCUCAAGGUAUAGAUUUUUGGGUUGAAGAAAAAUUAGGAUACUACAAUGAUGCUGAGGUAGCAGAGUUAGUGACAAGAGUAGAAGAAUUGGCUUUACAUUGGCCUGAACAUUGGAAAAUGGAUAUUGGUGUCAUCACUCCUUAUAAGGCACAGGUAGAUCAAAUUAGAAGAAUAUUGCGAAAGAAACGUCUUGGAUCAGUACAUGUCGGAAGGAUGGAAAACAUGCAAGGUAAAGAAUUCAGAGCUUUAUUCAUAAGCACGGUCAGGACACAGCAUACAUGCAAAGAAAUUCUGGGUAGAAACAGCUCAUCUCAACUAGAUUUCCAAUUUCUUUCCGAUGCCAAGCUGUUAACUACCGCUGUUACUCGUGCUCAGUCUUUGCUUUCUGUUGUUGGAGAUCCUAUGUCGCUUUGUAGUGUAGGAGACUGUCGCUUGUUGUGGAAAGAUUAUUUAAAACGUUGCGAAGAAAAUGGUGGGUUGCAUGGAUGUACAAUAAAGGAUGUCCUAGACUUUUGUCUACGAUCACAGGUUGUUGAUCCAAACGCUCUUGAGUUCACUCCAAAACCUCAAAGCAAUGAAAAUGAACAGGCCAUUGAUGAACCCGAUGCAAAUACAUACUACAGUCCGACUGACGCUUCUCAUGCACUUCAUGGCAUAGAUGAUUAUGAUGCAAUGAUUGUCAGAGAACUUAUUAAAGCAUGUGAGAAAACAAGCAAGCAAGACGAAAUUACAUUGAAACAAAGUUCAUUUCAACAUAAUUUUCCUUAUCUAAAGGAUGAUAAGGAGCAAAAAAUUAGCAAAACAGCCCCUACACAACGAGUGCGCCCAAAAUUCAAGCCAGCCAACAAAGAAUUUUGGUGGUUCCACGUUCAACCGACCGAACAAAGGCAUCGACUUACAGCUGGCGCACCAUCUGUUUUGGAGAAAAUUUUCGCAACUAAGCAUAACACUGAUGAAUGCAAUAUAGAAACCUUAAAGUCUGAUGUAAACAACAAACCACACAAAUACAAGAAAGUUAGGAUUCAGGUCGAGCUUCGGCAGAAUCAAAGGUUCUAUUACGGCCGAUUUCCAACCCCAGACAGUCCUGACAUCGUCAUACCUGGACAAGUCCGGGGUAUUUUUGAAGAUGACCUCGUUGUAAUAAAAAUCAAACGUAAAAGAUUGGACGACUAUAGCAAAUACUUUGGAAGUAUAAGAGGAAUACUUAGAAGACCCGUCAAACCAGAUGAACGACGAUAUGUUUGCAAGGUUGACCGUGCCAACAAGAAAAUAAUGACACCGAUAAAUAAGUUUAUGCCAAAGAUUGUGAACCAUAUUCCUCAUACUGAGUUUAGCGAAAAUUCGAUCGUAAUCCAAAACAGCGGAGGUGGCACAUCGAUACUGCAAAAUAAUGAACUUGCCGAAGCCAUAGCUGGCCAACGUGUUAUUGUUAUGAAAUACUCAGAAUGGCUGGAGAAUCUCCCAUAUCCUCGUGGUUAUGCGGUACGGCAUAUUUCUAAUCGUAGCGAUUGCACCGAUCAAAUUAAUGUUCUUUGUGAAGAGUACAACAUCGCGAUAGACUUUGGCAGAGAACUUGAUCAUAUUCCUCAUCAGUUUAAUGAAAACUGGCAGAUUCCUCAAAGCGAAUUAAGUCGACAAGCCUACCGCGAUCAUGUUUUUACUAUUGAUCCCCCUGAAUCAACUGAUCUUGAUGAUGCAAUCAGUAUUCGACAGCUUUGCACUAACAACUUUCUACUACAAGUACAUAUUGCUGACGUUGCUUAUUUCGUUCAAUCCGACACGCCUUUGGACAACGUAGCAAGAUCACGCGGCGUUACGUAUUAUGCCAAAAACUUAGGAAAGGUAUUUCCCAUGCUGCCUCGUGAGCUUUCCGAAAGAUGCUGCAGUUUGCUAGAAGGUAAAGACCGUCUUACAAUAACACUCAGUAUUGAAGUGACGCGCGAUGGGGACGUUGUUGGUGAGGCAAAAAUAGAAAGAAGUAUUGUGCAAUCUACACGACAAUUGACUUAUCUUGACGCCCAACGUAUUAUUGAGGAAGAAGCUGCAGUUGACCGAGCAAUUGAUGGACAGGAAAGGCAGCUGACUGUGGAAGAAGCGAUAUCAGUUGGACAUUCAUUUGCCCAAGCGCAUCGAAGAUUGCGUCUAGGAUUUCAAUCAUUAUUUUACGAGAAAAGAGGUUAUGAUUCGUGUGGGGACAACCGUCCAAACGAAAAAGAAGCACAUCAGUUGAUCGAAGAAAUAAUGAUAAUGGCAAAUUACUAUGUAGCGAAAUAUUUGCUUGAGAAAUUUCCCGACACGACCCCACUUCGUGUUCAGCCACCGCCAAAAAAUAAUGAGGAGAUGGAGUGGAAUGAGCGCUUUCAACAAAUAAUGGGUGUUUUUUCUACGCAAGAAGACUUUUUGAGAACCCACAACCUGGACGAAGAGAAAACGGGCUUCACAGUGCCUUGCAAAGCAUGGAAUUCAUUGAUACAAAGAGGUAAAGAACGAGCUAGUUUUCAAGAAUUGACAAGGAUUCUUUGCGAUUUGGACCACUUCCCCCAUUUGGCGUUGGCUUCUAUGCGACGAAGAAAAAUCCAGCAAAAAAGCAGCUAUAUUUGUUCUGGGGAAAACUUUGACUACAUUCCUUACCCAUGGCCAAACGCAAGCAACUUGUCAAGUAGAACGCCUGAUGCAAAAAAUAGUGUAAAUGAUGCCCGUCAACAGGAAACCUUGCAAAAAAUUUUGUUCGGCCACCACGAUCUAAGCCUUGACUCUUACUGUCAUUUUACUUCACCCAUUCGCCGUUACAUUGACGUUAUUGCCCAUCGUUUAGUCAUUGCCGCCUUGGAGAGUAGGAAUGCUGUUAUAAACUUUGAUCAUAUCACUGAAAUUUGUGAACAUUGCACGUACGUGCAACGAAACUCGAGCAAGUUUGAGAAACACACAAAAAAACUUCAACUGGCCAUCGAUUUGAAGACAUGCUCUGGGAAGUUUUUUGUUGCUUAUGUUGACAAAAUGACCUUAGAAAACCUAAACGUAUUCUUUGGCUCUAACAUUGCUGAUCUGCUUCCCAAUUAUUCCAUUUCUGAUAGCCAUCUUGGUCUUGAUACUGAUCCUGAAAAAGAUGAAAUCAAGAAUUCUAUCAAACUUCAGUGGAAGCUCCGUUUGAUACAUUUUGACAAUCGAUCACAGCCAAGGGUGAAUGACGAAGAUAUCGAGGUAUCAAAGGAUCUGUUGAAUAAAUUGAAUUAUCAAUCUCAAGAAAUAUCAAUGGAGUCGGAAAACGAUUGCCAUUAUUGGAUGGAAAUGAAAGACUGGAAUAGAAUAAUGAAUGCUUUGAAGCUUUCAAAUUUGAAAAACAUGCGUGAUGUUUUACAAGAAGUAGAUGCGAAUGUCAAAAGUGAAAGAGUUGUUAAAGACUCUUUAAACAAGGUUAUCUGGAAGUUUAUGGAAAACGCAAACUUGAAACCUCUAAAUAGCCGUCGUGCCAAUCAAACUGAACUUGAGUCUACGGAUCAAGUAAUACAAGUGACACAUACUUUAUCCCAGCUCAACCCAGUUACUGUUCAGUUAUGCUCGCAUAUGUCACGUGGUGUUCUUGCUCCAAUUGUUCAACUGUACAAGAUAACUGACAGAUUUUACGCAUGCGUAGAACAUCGAAAAUCACCUACCACCUGUUUCUCUUUUACUGCACACAAACAACCAUCUGAUUCCGCAUGCUCCUCAAUCAAAGAAUACGUAGCUUUAUGGAAACCAAUUCUUAAGAUGGAAAUGGCUACGUCAGCUGUAUCGGAUGAUGAUGUCAUUAACCUAUGGAAUCUUCGUGUAAAUUUUGUUAAAGAUGCAAAGGGAAGAUGUUGCCUUGAAUUUAAUUUGCUUCGUGAUUUCUGCAUUAAACAUUUCUUGGGCAAUCUAGACUUAAAUUUGAUGUGUGUCCGCGUUAAGGAUUCAGAUAACAUGAAAAAAUCUGAUGCUGGAUAUUGGGUAGGACAUUUUCAGAUUUUUAGAAAAUGGAAAGGUAAAUCAAAAGAAGAUGCAGAUGAGACUGGUGUAGAGACAAAAGCAAUGGGACCACCUGAAGACUUCUAUACUGCUAAAUUAAUUCAAAGUGCAUUGCCUGUUCCUGAAUCCUUUUUCAAACAAAAAGUUUGUUGCGUUGCUGCAGAAAUGAUCAAACAAAGCAUUCCAAAUAGGCGUAGUUAUGAAGCUCUCCUUCAGAGCGCGAAGGAUACAACAUCAGAUCUCGUCAAAAAUAUUUGCACCAAGCAGAAAAUCGUCAAAAACACUAUCUACCGGGAACUUAAACCUGACCUAACAUUAAAGGACUUUCUUUCAUUGAAUCGUUAUCAACACAAUGCAGUUGAAAAAGCUUUAAAAAAACCUUUUUCUGUCAUCCAAGGACCUCCAGGCACAGGGAAAACAGUCGUUGGCGUCCAUAUUGCGUACUGGUUUGCAAGUUGCAAUAAGUCAAGAUUUGAUGGAAUUAUGAAGGAACAAGAUGACUCCAGUCGCGCUGUUGUAUUCUAUCUUGGACCAUCAAAUAAAUCUGUUGACGUCGUAGCACGAUAUCUCAUGAAGAUCCCUGAUUUGAACAUUUUACGAAUAUAUGGACAAGAGAUCGAGUGCAAAACGUUCCCUAUACCUGAUCAAAUGUCUGCAUUUCGAUCGAAAAAGAUGUCGGCGUAUGUUGAGGAAGAAGAUAUAUUUCAAGAUAUUUGUCUCCACCAUGUAAUACGUAGUUCGAAAUGCGAAUUUGCCAACGAAAUAAAAAGAUUCGAUUAUGAGUUCAAGCAGUGUAUCAAGGAAGAGCGCUUCGCUUCCCCUCAGCAGAUUCGUGACUUUCAAAAGGUAAAGAAACUUGCUGAGGAAUGGGCUAUAGCACACAACAACGUGCAUGUGAUACUUGCUACUUGUACAGCAGCUUACAGUGAUCGCAUUAUGAAACCAUGUAAGGGUUUUGUUAGCCAGUGCAUCAUUGACGAAUGCGCAAUGUGUAUCGAAGCUCAAACACUUUGCGGAAUGUUAGGCUCACAAGCUGAGCAAAUUGUUCUCAUCGGUGACCAUAAACAACUUCGACCAAUAAUAAAAUGCAAAAAAGCAAGAGAGUUGGGCCUUGGAAGAUCAAUGUUCGAGCGCUACUCAAAUGAAGCAAUGAUGCUUAAAAUACAGUACAGAAUGCAUGAAGAGAUUUGUCGAUUUCCAUCAAAUCGGUUUUAUGAAGGGAAACUCGAGACAGACGAGACUGUGAUUCGCCGCAAAAAAGAGGACAAUGUAGAAUGGCCGAAAGGUGAUGCAUUUCCUUUCAAAUUUAUUCAUGUUGAAGGAGAAGAAGAAUCGCUUAUUAUUACAACUGCAAAAGGAAAUGAAAAGUCAAAAAUGAAUAAGGACGAAAUCAAUAAAGUUAUUUCUGUUCUACAUUAUCUCAUGAAAUCUGGCGUUAAAGGAAAGAACAUCCUUGUUUUAUCACCUUAUCGUGCACAGUGCACUGAAUUACAAAAAGAAAUGAAAAUAGAAAAAGAUUAUGAUGACGUUUCUGUGAUGACUGUUGUUGCUGCGCAAGGAAGUGAAAAGGAUUACGUGAUAUUGUCAUUAGUAAGAUCUUUACCAAAAUGUGACAUUGAGUUUAACCCAUCUAAAACAUGGCUUAGUGAAAAUGUUGGUUUUGUAAUGGAUGAAAAUCAAGUAAACGUUGCUCUAACAAGAGCAAAACAAGGUCUUGUGAUUAUAGGAAAUGCUAAUUUAAUGAGUGCACGCCGUGAUGGAGUAUGGUUAGCGUUACUUGAUCACUACAAAAAGAAAAGCUGUUGCAUUGAUUGGCAAGAAGAUAGGGAUGACUUUUCAUCGGAUGACGAGAGCUCAACUAAACCAUGUUGAUCUUAAAAACAAUUAGUUUGAGCAAAAGAUGUCUGUUUCCCAGUGAGCUCCAUAUAAUAAUAAAUGUUGCUCUGUAGGGUAAGAAAUUCUUAUUUUGCUAAGCAUGAAUCUUGAAAUGCUUUAAUAUUAGUUACUUUUCGUUUAUAUGGAGCUCACAAAACAAGAAAUUGCUCAUCCUUUCUUCAAUUUGACUAUUAUUUUGCAUCAAUUUGCAUCGGCAUUAGUAUGGUAAAAUUUAAUCAAUUUUAGUUAGAUAUAUAAUUGCUCAUAACUUUUUAGUAAAUGUAAUCAUGUAAAGUCGCAAAAACAAAUUUAGCGUCAUAUUAAGCCUUUUUAAGCUUAUAACUACAUUUACACUACUAAACUACAGAGCAGAAUUUACCUGCGUUUGCACUGAUUUGCUUGAAUUCCGCUACAGUUUUGCAAGUGUGUAUACACGUAAUGUCUCUCUUGCUGUCAAAAUUCAUUGGUGUGUUAAAGACUUCAUUUCUCGUUUACACAUUGCUAGAUUUUUGUAUUUCUAGGUCAUAAAUCAUGAAAAAAACAUUGAUUAGCAUAAAUUGCAGAGGAAUUUGACAAUUUGUCAUUAAAAGCUUUCCAAAACAUAAAAUAUUCACUAUUUUCAAGUAUGCGCCACAAUGCGUGACGAAUUGAAGAGAACUGGUAUUUAAAGUGUAGCAAAAUAUUAACAGCUAGGUGUUCUUACAAUGCUGCGUAGCGUUCCGUUUUCGUUCAACCACGUUUAGAAAGUGUGGUUGUAUCGUAACGCUCCAGUGCAGUAUGCGUGCGACUGGGUUCUGUUACCUUUUAGCGCCGUUUUUAGGCCGAUCCCAAGUUGUGUAAACGUAGUCUUGAUAAUAAAUGUAUGUAUGUUGCAAAUGAAUUAAAAAUUAUUACUUUUUUAUUGUCAUUAGAA